CUUCCAUCACAGUCAAAGAUGAGCUUUUCUAUGGGUUCCUGAGACCAUGGCUGGGACAGAGUCUUCUCCUGAGUAACGGAGAGGACUGGUCUCGUCGUAGACGUCUACUCACUCCUGCAUUCCACUUCGACAUCCUCAAGAACUAUGUGAAGAUCUUCAACCACUCCUCCAACAUCAUGCAUUCUAAGUGGCGCCGCCUGGUGGCCGAGGGAGAGAGCCGCCAGGACAUGUUCAAUCACAUCAGCCUGAUGACUCUGGACAGUCUGCUCAGAUGUACCUUCAGCUACAACAGCAACUGCCAGGAGAGUUCCAGUGAGUACAUUGCAGCCAUUUUUGAGCUGAGUACCCUGGUGAUCGAGCGGAGAGGACGUAUCCUGCACCACUGGGACUGUCUGUACUGGAGGUCCCCAGAGGGACAGCGCUUCAAACAGGCCUGUAGUGUAGUACACGGGUUCACCAGGACUGUUGUCCAGGAGCGCAGAGCACAGCUUCUCCACCGGGGAGAGCCAGAGAGCCACACUGACACCACAGGAGGGGAGGAGAAGAAGAAGAAAAGAGUAGCAGACUUCAUUGAUUUGUUACUGCUGUCAAAGGAUGAGGAUGGUCAUGGUCUCACAGAUGAGGAGAUAAAAGCAGAGGCAGACACUUUCAUGUUUGGAGGUCAUGACACCACGGCCAGCGGGAUCAGCUGGGUUCUGUAUAACCUGUCUCAGCAUCAGGACCACCAGGACCGCUGUAGAGCCGAGGUCAACGACCUGCUACAAGACCGAAAGACAGAGGACUUAGACUGGGAGGACCUGAGCAGCCUCCCCUUCACCACCAUGUGUAUUAAAGAGUCUCUGAGACUGCACUCCCCCGUGUCUGCUGUCACCAGACGAUACACGAAGGACAUGACGGUGCCAGGUGGACGGGUCAUACCACAGGGUAGCAUCUGUCUGGUGAGCAUCUAUGGGACCCAUCACAACCCUGAGAUCUGGCCUGACCCAGACGUCUACAACCCCAUGCGCUUCGACCCUGACAACUCAAAGGACCGUUCAUCCCAUGCCUUCAUACCUUUCUCUUCAGGACCUAGGAACUGUAUAGGUCAGAAGUUUGCCAUGGCGGAGCUGCGUGUGGUGGUGGCGCUGACCUUGAGGAGGUUCCGUUUGACCCAGGGGGUGGAGGUGAGGAGGCUACCCCAGCUGGUGCUCAGGGCCGAGGGGGGGCUGUGGCUGACGCUGGAGACCCUAGACGCCCCCCAGGACUAACCCCUGAACUCCUCUCUCCUCUAUGGAUCAGACAUAGAGAAAACUGAUUUUAUGAUUUUACUGUAUAAACAUACGCUGAGUAUACGAAACGUAAAGAACACCUUAACACAGUAAAAUACAUAGUCCUGAAGCCGACAAAUAAACAGUAAAAUACAUAGUCCUGAAGCCUACAAAUAAACAGUAAAAUAAAUAGUCCUAAAGCCUACAAAUAAACAACAGAAUACAUAGUCCUAAAGCCUACAAAUAAACAACAGAAUACAUAGGCCUGAAGCCGACAAAUAAAAA